AGCAGACGCUCUACUACAAAUGUGUGUGCACGCGUGUGUGUGUGUGUGCCAGAGAAAGAGUGUGAACAGCAAAACAGAGGAGACGGCUUUAGAAAGGAUCUCUCGGCACCUCUGGGACACACAAGCGUGAGCGCCGAAGGAAAUAUUUAUGACCCGUCGUCAGUGAGUGACCCUCCUGGAGCAGAGCGGAUCUCCAUAUGAGCUCACAGACGCACCAGCAGCGCAGCUCCGGGCAGCACUCGGGGACUUUUCAAACCCUGUGAGGAUUAAAAAACACACAACCGGGAAAAUUGAGAGGAAGAAGAAGAAGAAGAGAAGCCACAGCAUGAGCAGCUGCAGGAAGAGAUGCAAGCGGGAGAUCCUGAAGUUUGCUCAGUAUCUCUUCAGAGUUAUUACCGGCACUCUCAAUCCAGAUAGCAUUGAAGAUGAGCUGGAGCUGUCAGCUGUACGGCAUCGACCUGAGGCUUUGGAGCAGCUGGAGGCUCAAACGCGGUUCUCACGCAAAGAGCUUCAAAUCCUCUACAGAGGCUUCAAGAACGAGUGUCCCAGUGGUGUGGUCAAUGAAGACACAUUUAAGGAAAUUUAUGCUCAGUUUUUCCCACAGGGAGAUGCAUCGACGUAUGCACAUUUUCUGUUCAACGCGUUCGACACAGAUCACAACGGCUCGGUCAGCUUUGAGGAUUUUGUAAUGGGCCUUUCCAUUCUUCUACGAGGCACCGUUCAGGAGAAGCUUAACUGGGCGUUUAACCUCUAUGAUAUUAAUAAAGAUGGAUAUAUAACAAAAGAGGAAAUGUUAGAUAUCAUAAAGUCCAUCUAUGACAUGAUGGGGAAAUGCACAUAUCCCAUACUCAAGGAGGAAACUCCGCGCCAGCACGUGGAGAUAUUUUUCCAGAAAAUGGACAAAAACAGAGAUGGAGUGGUGACUAUAGAUGAAUUUAUAGACUGCUGUCAAAACGACGAGAACAUCAUGAGAUCAAUGCAGCUUUUUGAGAACGUCAUUUAACAUCUGUAUGGACUCUGUUGGCGGGCCAGCGCGUAAAAAAACACCUUUAUACUCCACAAACCCAGAUGUCUGAGUGCUAGCUGCGAUUCGGUCACGAAAAACAACAUUAACAGCAUUUUUAAUAACAAAGAACUUUAUUUUUUGCUUUUGUUGUUGUUGUUGUUAAAUCUUUCUUCUAUUCGUUAUUUAUAAAAGAGUGUCAUUAUUUAAGGAGAAAAUUCCAUAAUUGCAUGCAUCAGCUUUUCCCACACAAAUGUCAAAAAACUGAAACGACCAGAAGCCAUCAUUACAUACUCUACA